GCUCUUCCCCAGGUCUUCUCAAGUGAGGGGGAUUUGUAGGGCAGACAGGAAAGUUAAAACCAGCGGUAGGAACAGCCGAUCCCAGGGCUUCCCUUACCCUGUGGGGACGAAGGCAGUUUAACGAGCCCGGACGUGCAUUUUGGUCCCUCCAAGUCCUGGCGGUGGGGACAAGGAGCACAGCAUGUCCCUGCUGCUCCUGCAGAUGGCAGAACGGAGGCUCCUCGUUCUCUUUGGCAGCCAGACGGGGACGGCCCAGGACACGGCAGAGAGGGUCGGGAGAGAGGCCACGCGCCGGCACCUGCAGUGCAGGGUGGAGGCCCUGGACAGCUGUGACCUGGCCAACCUCAUCCAUGAGCCACUGGUGGUGUUUGUGUGUGCCACCACCGGCCAGGGAGACCCACCUGAUAACAUGAAGGUGUUCUGGCGGUUCCUGUUCCGGAAGAACCUGCCACCCGGCUCCCUGUGCCAGCUGGACUACGCCGUGCUGGGCCUUGGAGACUCCUCCUACCCCAAGUUUAAUUUUGUUGCAAAGAAGCUGCACAAACGGCUGCUACAGCUCGGGGGCAACCCACUGCUGCCAGUGGCCCUGGGAGACGACCAGCAUGAUCUGGGGCCAGAUGCAGUGGUUGAUCCAUGGCUUGUGGCCUUAUGGGACAAGAUCCUCACGUUGUAUCCUCUCCCUCCUGGCCUUGAGAUCAUCAGCCCAGACACACGCUUGCCCCCCAAAUACACCCUGCACUACCUGCCUGAGGACUCCCCAGCCCCCGAGGGUGACCUUCUCCAGCCGACAGCGCCCAGGGCUGUUCCCUCUGAGCUCCAUCCCUUCGCUGCCCCCGUGGUGUCCAACCGGCGGCUCACGGCACAGUCGCACUUCCAGGACGUGCGGCUCAUCGAGUUCGACAUCACGGGCUCGGGCAUCACGUUCAGUGCAGGGGACGUGGUGAUGAUCCAGCCCCAGAACUGCCCUGAGGAUGUACAGCAGUUCUGCCAGCUCCUGCGCCUGGAUCCAGACAAGCGCUUUGUGCUGAAGCCCACGGAGCCUGGCACAUCCCUCCCUCCCCUCUUACCACAGCCCUGCACCAUCCGGCACCUGGUCACCCACUACCUGGACAUCUCCUGCGUGCCACGGCGCUCCUUCUUCGAGCUCCUGUCCCACUUCUCCACCAACGAGCUGGAGCGGGAGAAGCUGCAGGAGUUCAGCUCUGCUCAGGGCCAGGAGGAGCUGUACAGCUACUGCAACCGGCCCCGCAGGACCACGCUGGAGGCCCUGUGGGACUUCCCUCACACCACGUGUGCCAUUCCAGCCGAUUACCUGCUGGACCUCAUCCCUCGCAUCAGACCCCGCGCCUUCUCCAUCGCCUCUUCCAUGCUGGCUCACCCUGACAGGAUCCAGAUCCUCAUGGCAGUGGUGCAGUACAAGACACGGCUCAGCAAACCCCGCCGUGGGCUCUGCUCUACCUGGCUGGCUUCUCUCAAUCCAGAGCAAGGUGAUGUCCGGGUGCCUCUUUGGGUGAAGAAAGGAGGAUUGAAGUUCCCAGCUGACCCUGCCACCCCUGUGAUCAUGAUUGGCCCUGGCACAGGGGUGGCACCAUUCCGAGCAGCGAUACAGGAGCGGGUGGCACAGGGACGUACAGGGAACUGCCUCUUCUUUGGCUGUCGACAGAAAUCCAAGGACUUCUACUGUCAGGCAGAGUGGGAAGAGCUGGUGGCAAAGGGCUUCCUGACACUCUUCACAGCCUUCUCCAGGGACCAGGAGGAGAAGGUUUAUGUUCAGCACCGCAUCCGGGAGAACCGCGGGCUGCUCUGGGAGCUGCUGAGCCGUGGGAAUGCUCACAUCUACCUGGCUGGGGGCUCGUGUUUUCUCCUGCAUUUCUCUUAUUUUGAGGUUUGAACUGGCUUCAGUUCCAAAUGUCACCAUCACACCAAUCAUCUUGGAUUUCCUGAGAGCAGGCAGCAGCAGGACGGGAGCGGCUGCUCCUUCCCAGCAGUGUCUUACCCAGCUCAGGAUCAGACAUGUUUGACUUUGAGUGAUUCCUGAGAGGAAAGGACAGUUUCCUGCCCUCCUGCCGAUAAAUUCCAUCUCUCUGCAUAUUCCUUGUGUCCCUCUAAUGAGGAUGCUGGCAAAUGGAGCCAUGUGGGGCUGCAGUUCGGGCUGCCGAGCUGUGAUGCUCCUUCCCCGAGGUCAGGGUACUGCAGCCACAGCUCUUCCUGCAAAUGGGAAGCCCUUUGGAUGAUGGGGCUGCUCUCGAGGGAGGGGUAGGAUGACAACCCUGUCAUUUAUCAGGUGCUAGGCAGCCCAUGUGGCAGGGUGAGACAGGUUCCCACUGCCCUGCUGCCCCCUGAUCCCAGAGCACUGGAGCUGCUGCCCCUGGUUUUCCUUUC